AGAAAAAAAGGAAAAAAAAAAGAAACAAGAGCCGACGUAUAUGGGUGAAUUUGUUUAUAUGACGUGACCUACUAUGGUUGAAUCGCGUAAAUAUUGUUUGCUGUGGUAUAAGGCAUUGAAUUGUUAAGCCUUAAGUGCCUUCAACUACUGCCAAUUAAAUUUUCUCUUCCGUGGAAAAUUAUGGUUCAUGUGGGUUGUUUGUGGAACCAUAUUGACUCCAACAUGAGAGGUUAAGUCCCCCCCCGGUGAUCCGGCUCGAAUACCUCUCAGAACUGUUGCGUUAAAUAUUUAUAAGAAGAAAAUGGCAGUAGUAAUUGAAACAACGGCUGGUGAUAUCACCGUCGAUCUCUUCAUAGAUGAAAGACCACAAACUUGCAAAAACUUUCUCAAACUCUGCAAAAUCAAGUACUACAACUUCUGCCUGUUCCACUCGAUUCAGCAUAAUUUUAUUGCUCAGACAGGAGAUCCAACUGGAAGUGGAAAAGGGGGAGAAUCAAUUUUUGGGAAAAUUGUUGGAGAAAAGUCACGCUACUAUGAAGGAGAACAGUUGCCCAAGAUUCGUCACUAUAAGGCAGGCCUUUUGUCAAUGGUUAAUUGUGGUGACAAUAUGUUGGGAUCCCAAUUUUUUAUUACACUUGCCAAUGAUCUGCAGUCACUUGAUGGGGAACAUUGUGUUUUUGGAGAGGUGACUGAGGGUGAAGAAAUCCUUCUGAAGCUGAAUGAUGCAAUCUGUGACACAGAACACCGACCUUACCAAGAUAUUCGUAUCACUCACACAGUAGUGUUGGAGGAUCCUUUCGAUGACCCUCCAGGACUCGUCAUCCCUGAUGGAUCACCAGAGCCGACGAAAGAAAACCUAGCUAAUGGGCGCAUAGCACCAGAUGAGGAAAUAGAUGAUACUGCAGGACGAUCUGCUGCCGAAAUUGAAGAGCUUGUUAAACAAAGAGAAGCUCAAGCACGUGCCACAAUUUUGGAAAUGGUUGGUGAUCUCCCUGAUGCUGAUGUUGCCCCACCAGAAAAUGUUCUGUUUGUCUGUAAACUGAAUCCAGUUACCACUGACGACGAUCUUGAAAUUAUCUUCAGUCGAUUUGGGAAAAUCAACAGUUGUGAAGUGAUCCGUGACAAAACUACAGGGGACAGCUUACAGUAUGCUUUCAUAGAAUUUGAUGAGCAGAAGUCAUGUGAAGAUGCUUAUUUUAAAAUGGCCAAUGUGUUGAUUGAUGAUCGCCGUAUCCAUGUGGAUUUCAGUCAGUCUGUGUCCAAGUACCGAUGGAUGGGCAAAGGACGAGGUGUUAAAAUUAUGGGUUCGUCAGAAGAUGCUCAAGUUAAGAAGGAGGGUGGCCCAAGGCCAAUAGAUGGACGCAGUGCUUCCAAGGAUUACUCCAAGAGUCGCGGAUCAGAACGACGUGAUUACAGGGAAGAUCGGGAGCAAGAUCGGAAUAGAGAUAAGGAAAGAGGCCGUGAUCGGGAGCGAGACAGAGAUCGAGACAGGGAUAGGGACAGACCUAAAGACAGAGAAAGAGAGAGAGACAGAGACCGUGAACGGGACCGUGAUCGAGAGAGAGACAAAGAACGUGAACGGGAGCGUGACCGAGACCGGGAGAGGGAUCGAGAACGUGAUCGAGGACGAGAACGGAAUCGUGAUCGUGAAUACGACAGAGAUCGUGAUCGCCGAGAUCAUAGGGACAGCAGAGAUAGCAAGAGUUCUAAGGACCGGAAUAGAGACCACUCCUCUCGAGAUGCUGAAAGAAAUGGUCAGCGGCAUUAUGAGUCUGAGAGAGACCGAAAAAGAAAGAAUGAAGACGAUGAUAGUGAGAGAAACCGCAAGCGUGAUCUUAAGAAAGAUGACUCAGAAAGAGAAUUGAGGAAGGAAGAGGACUAUAGAAGUGAACGGGAAAUUUCUAAAGGUAGGGAAAGAGAAACCUCUACUGCCACUGAACGAGGAGCCAAAAGGAAAGGAGACCAUCCAACUCCUGAAAAUGAGGAUCCACGGAAAGGAGAUCUAGGCAAUCUAGAAGGGAAGAAAGAAAAAUAUUCUAAUGAACAUCACAAAGCACGAAAUACUCCAGAUAGUACCUCAAGUAAAGCUGAUAGUGCGAAUAGUAGAAUUAGCCGGGAAAAGCAUUCCUAUCCUGAUGAAGUAUCUAAAAAUAUUUCUAGAGAAGAUAAAGGUCGUUCCAAGCAUAAUUCCACAUCGGAUCCUAAAAAUAGCAUGUAUGUUGGAACAAAAACAAACACUGAUGAUGGACAUGUCCAAUCAAAUGAAGAGCAGACUAAAGCAACUGUUCCAACAUCAAAGGCCUCAAAGAGAGCUAGGUCCAUUAGUUCUGAGUCAGCAGCUCAAAGGAGAAAUUCUGUGAAGAGUGACAGUAUUAGCGGCAAUGAACAUCACACGCAGGAUAAAAAAAGGGAUGUGUCUGAACAUACUCAGAAAACUGUUCAAAAGUCUGAUAGGAUAUUAGAAACUGAUGAUUCUUCUCGAUCUAACAAACAUUCGAAACAAAAUAGCUUGGUUAAGAAACAAUCAGUGAAAGAUGACAAAGUUAAAAAUGAUUCCACUGAAGACUGCUCUAAUGGUGGCAGUCUAAAGAGAAAGGCAACAUCAGAAACAAAAGAAGGAAAGUCAAAGAAAAAGAGAAAGCGAAGUGGAAGUACUAGUAGCAGUGAAACUAGUGACAGUUCAUCGUCAAGUAGUGACUCAAGUGAUAGUAGUGAUUCAACGUCAAGUGAGUCGGAUCAGAAAUCUAAAUCUAGACGAAAGAAAAAGAAGAAGUCUGUUGUGUCUUCAAAGUCCAAAAAGAAACCCAGAGUUGUAAAAAUUGUGAAAAGGAAGAAAAAGAAGCAUUCUGACUCUGACUCUGAUUCAUCCUCUGACGAUUCAUCAAGCAGUGAUGAUCAUCGCUCCUCCAAGAAGAAGAAUAGGAAAAGAGGGAGAAGGAAAGUAGAGAAAGUUGUACUGAUUAAAAGAAAAAGAAAGCAUUCAACUUCUGAUGAGACGGAUUCGGAAAGUGAAUCAUCAGCUUCAUCCAGUAGUUCUGAUGAGAAAUCCAGUUCGAAGAAGAAAAGAAAAAGAAACAAUGAAAAGAAAAUUAAGAAAAAACACAAGAAACAAAUUUGCAAAAAAAAUAAAAAUGGGAGUACUACGAAGAAGAAGAGCAACAAACUUAAAAAUAGUGACACUUCAAGCAGCGAAUCGUCAGAUUCUGAAAAAAAUAGUGCUAAACUACUUGUACCUGAUUAAUUGUGCAUCGCAACAUGUUCUAGUUUUGAUUUGUUUCAAGUGACCUUGGAGUUGAAUAGGAUACUCAAUUUUCUCUUCUCUCUGUUGCUCCUUCGUUUUAGUUGGAUGGAAAUGUUGCCACGAUUUUCCUCAUUUCUUAUGCCACAGUAAUCAACUAUCUUUCACAGUGGCAUUUGUACUUAAUGUGAAUAUAUUCAUGACUAGUAUUUGUAAGGUAAUGAAUUUCACUGAUUCUAAGCAAUUACUUUGGAUCCCAUAUGAUAACUUGUAUUUUGAUGACUUGUGAUUUAUGCUACUGUUUUUAGUGAUUUUAUUUUCAGGAGUAAAUUCUUACAUUUUCAA